AUGCCCGCGCAGCGGGGCUCCAAGCGGGCCCGCACGAUGGAGGAGGCAUCCGCCGGCGUGGUGGCGCUGCACAGGAGCCGGUUCAUCGAGUGGCAGCCGGCGGGGGUGGUCGCGCUGGCGGCCAGCGGCGACGGCAGCGUGGUGGCGGCAGCAAGGGAGGACGGAGACAUAGAGCUGUAUGAGGCCAGCACAAACCACCUCUUCCAGCGCCUGCCGGGCCACAAGGACAGCUGCCUGACGUGCCUGGCCAUGGUGGAUGAGGAGGACAGCAAGGGCGGCACCACCAGCCGCCUGUUUAGCAGCGGACUGGAUGGCGCGCUGGUGGAGUGGGAUGUGGAGCAGCGGCGGGCGGGGCCCGCGGCAGACUCGCUGGGCGGCGCGGUGUGGCAGCUGGCGCCCGAGCCAGGAGCCUGCAUAAAGUCGGACGCGGGGGCGCGCGUGGCGGCCGCCUGCGACGACGGCUGCGCCCGCAUCUUUUUGGCGGAGGCGGGAGUGCCUGGGCUGACCUACUCUCGGACGCUGCCGCGGGUAGAGGGCCGCACGCUGGCGGUGGCCUGGCACCCCUCAGGCCAGGUGCUGGCCACCGCCGGCACCGACGGCUGCAUCCACCUGUGGAGCCUGGCCGCCAGCCAGGAGCUGCUGCGCAUCACCGCCGGCGACGGCAGCGGCGCCGCCAGCAGGCGCGAGGCGUGCAUCUGGGCGCUGCUGGUGCUGCCAGACGGCACCAUAGUCAGCGGCGACAGCAGCGGCAACGUGCAGUUCUGGGACGGCCGGUUUGGCACGCUGCUGGCGCGCUUCUCCCAGCACCAGGCAGACGUGCUGCAGCUGGCGGCCUCGCCCGACGGGCGCAUGGUGUUUGCCACAGGCGAGCCGCCGACCCGCCGCGCCCGGCGCCGCUGCCUGCUGCCGCUCCCCUGCUGCCGCCGCCGCUGCCGCCGCGUGGACCCCCAGGUCUCGCUCUUCUACCGCCUGGACAGCACCGCCACCAGCCAGCAGCACCCCUGGGCUUACCUGUCUAGCAAGCGCCCCCACUCGCACGACGUGCGGGCGAUGUGCGUGGCGGCGGGCCGCGCGCUGCCUGACGGCGCCCGCCUGCUCACCGGCAGCAACGACACGCAGCUGUUCAGCCACUCGGUGGCGGCCUUCCAAAAGGAGCACCCGGUCCGCAUGAAUGCCUGCCCGCAGCGCCCCGUGCUGCAAGUGGCCCACCCGGCGCUGCCGCCCGGCGACGGCGACGACGACGAGCCGCCGCCGGUGUGGCUGCUGUGCGCGCAGCGGCAUGAGGUGGAUGUGUGGCAGCUGCCGGGGUCUGCGGCGCCCGCGCAGGCGGGCCCCCCCGCCGAGGGCGGCCUGCUGUCGCCCUCGGCGCCGCCCGAGCACCUGCUGCGCGUGUCGGGCGCCAGCGGGCGCCACGUCAGCGCGGCGUGCAUCUCGCGCGACGGACGCUGGCUGGCCUACUCGGAUGCCCACCGCGUCAGCUGCUUCGCUCUGGAGCAGAGGGAGGCGGAUGAGGCCGUACCGGAGGACCAUGUGGUACCCACGCAGCUGCCGCUGCCGCCAGACCUGCCGCCCGCCUGCCACCUGGCCUUCCGUCCGGGGACCGAUGAGCUGCUGGCGUGCUCAGCCGACGGCACGCUGCGCCUGAUCAGCCUGGCGGCCUGCCAGCACCGGCAGCGGGUGGCAGUGGGGAUGGCCAACGGCGUGGGCGGCGGCGGCGGCGGCGGCGGCGGGGAGGGGGAAGAGGCGGUACAGGCGCUGCGCGUCGUGCACGACCUGCAGUACAAGUCCUCGCUGCGCCGCGACCGGCAGCGCAGCGCGGCCAGGCGCCUGAUGCCGCUGGUGGAGCUGCUGGCGGUCAGCCCCGACGGCAGCUGGCUGGCGGCGGUGGUGCGCCAGCGCGUGCAUCUGGUCAGCCUGUCGUCCCACAAGCUGGCGCACUCGCUGGUGCCGCUGGCGGAGCCGCAGCCGCCCAUCACCGCGCUGGCCUUCACCGCCGACAGCGCCACGCUGGUGGCGGCGGCGGCGCAGCACCAGCUGGCCGCCUACAGCGUGCACAGCGGGCAGGCCGCCGAGUGGGCGGCCCGCCACGCCGGCGCCCUGCCCCACAAGCUGCUGCGCAUGCCGGGUGCCAUCGCCUCCAUCGCCUCCCGCCCCGCAGCCCCCGCCUCCCUCUUUCUGGCCUCCUCCGAGGCCUGCUGCCACCUGGACAUGGCGGCGCCGCUGGAGGCGGAGGGAGAGGGCGGCGGCGGCCGCAAGCGGCGGCGCAGCAGGCCGACGCUGGCCACCGAGCCGCCCGGCGCCAACUGCCGCAUGAUAUACUGCUCAGACCCGGUGCUGCAUGCGGACUACAUGGGCCCAGACGCGCUGCUGGUGGUGGAGCGGCCCUGGUCUGAGGUGUACAAGAACAUCGCGGCCCCCAUGUACCGCCAUCGGUACGGCACCUGA